AAUGGGUAUCCUUCUUCAAGGCAAGUAUAGUUCUCAGAUUUCUCUCAUUCAUACGAAGCUCAUAGGCAUUCUGGCAGAAAAAUAUGGUUAUGACGCUGUGGAUAUCCGACACCUCCUUGACCAUCCUGAUCAUGAGGAGCCCACGCGAGCAAACAUGAUAAAAUACAUCCUGUCGAUGGUCCGCGAUGCUCGACCCCGAGACCGCUUCUUCUUCCACGUCUCAGGGCACUCAAGUCAAGAAGACACUACCGAUAUUAAUGAGCCCGAUGGAAUGAACGAAGACGCCUCAAGCGCGACAUCCGUAGAUAUACUUACUUGUCUAAACGAGAAGAUUCUAGACAAGGAACUAAAUACAUUACUCGUCAAAUCCCUUCCCCCCGGAGGCUCGUUGACGGCUGUGUUCGAUUCGUGUCAUUCGGGCACGCUGCUCGACCUUGACCAUUAUCUGUGUAACGGGAUUUACCUCCCCUAUGUCAACAAGGGACAUCGAAAAACAAAAGAUCUGUGGCGCAGGCAAGGUCGGCAGGGCGCCUUUUUGCACGAAUCUGGUGCAACUGCUGCCAGCACCUUGAACCGUCAAUCAGGCAGCCGUUUGAAUAACGCGAGCGCUUCAGGAGCCUCCCAGGCUACCUCGAACCCUGCAUCGCGCACCCAGUCAUCGGUCACUCGCGCCAGUAAGCUCACGAAAGGGACAGGAAGUCUCUCCAUCAGGACCGACUUGUUGAAGGGCAACUCGGCCCAAUUCUCGGACAACUCGCGUCUCUAUGAUUCUCCUCAACAGAUCUACCAGUACUGCGACGGAUUUACCUGUCGGAGGUCGCAACAUGGAUCUGCGCAUAUCAACGUGAUAUCUAUCUCUUCCUCAGCAGACAGUCAACGAACGUGGGAGGACGAGAAUGGCAUGUCGAUGACCAUGGCAGGCUCCUCUCCAUCUCCUUUGAAUUUCGAUGCUGACCGCAAACCAUA